AUGCAUCUCGCUCUUUCUCUUCUCGCCCUCUCGGCAACUUCAACACUGGCUGCGCCGGUGAAUACCCUUCCUCAAAAUCAGGAUUCUACCGCCCCAACCCGUGUCGCCAAACUCCUGACUCCCGUCUCCCACCCUUCCAAGGAGGAAUCUCACUUGGAGGCCCGUACCUUCGGCCUUCUGUCUGGUCUGCUCUCCCAUGGUUUUGGCGGAUCCGGAUCCUCUGAAUGCGAAGCCUGCGAGGGUGAAGCUGGUGGCUCCGCUGGCGCCAGCGGUGGAUUGGGUGGUCUUCUGAGUGGUGGACUUGGCGGCCAUCUCGGUGGUGGUCUGGGCGGUGGCCUGGGCCUCGGCGGCAGCGCUGGCGCCGGCGAAGACUGUGAUGAAAAUGGUGAAGGAGGAGUGAGUGUUGGUGGUUCUGCAGGCGGCUCGGCCGGAGGAUCCGCUGGUGGCUCUGCCGGUGGAUCAGCAGGAGGUUCAGCUGGUGGUUCCGCUGGAGGUUCUGCAGGGGGAUCUGCUGGUGGUUCCGCCGAAGGCUCUGCCGGUGGAUCAGCAGGAGGUUCAGCUGGUGGCUCCCUUGGAGGUUCCGCUGGAGGUUCAGUAGGGGGAUCUGCUGGUGGCUCCGCCGAAGGCUCUGCUGGUGGCAGCGCUGGAGGAAGUGCUGGAGGAAGUGCUGGCGGUUCGGCCAGCGGCUCAGCUGGUGGUGAUACCGGUGCUUCUGCUACAGGAUCUGGUUCCGCCGGUGGCUCUGCUACUGGUUCCCUUGGUGGUUCCGCUUCUGGUACUGCUGGUGGUUCUCUUGGAGGUUCCGCUGGAGGCUCAGCAGGUGGUUCCGCUUCUGGCACUGUUGGAGGUUCCGCUGGUGGCUCCGCGACUGGUUCACUCGGAGGUUCAGCUACCGGCUCGGUUGGAGGAUCUGCGGGUGGUUCGGCAGGUGGUGACAGUGGUGCCUCAGCUACUGGUUCUGGUUCUGGUUCUACUGGAGGUUCCGCCACAGGCUCUGUUGGCGGCUCUGGCAGUGUUGGAGGAAGCGCAGGUGGUUCCGCCGGAGGAUCUGCAGGUGGUGACGCUGGUGCCUCCGGCUCCAGCUCCGGCUCCGGCUCGACUGAAGGUUCCGGCUCUACUGGCGGCUCUACUGGCGGCUCUGCUAGCGGCUCGGCCGGCGGCGACACGGGUGCCUCUGCUACUGGUUCCGGCUCCGGCUCGACCGAAGGCUCUGGCUCUGGCUCUGGCUCUGGUUCUGGUUCUGUUGGCGGCUCCGGCUCCAGCUCUGGCGGUAUCAGCAUCGGCGGCAGUGCGACUGGCAGCGGCGGCGCCUCGGCCUCUGCCACUGCCUCCGCCAGUGCCGGUGCGAGCGCCUCGGCCGGUGCCUCUGCGACUAGUGGAUUGGGCUCUGACAAUGGUGAGGACUGCGACGAGACCGGCGCCGAUGCGACUACCGGUGACAACGGCGACGACUACGGUGAUGACGCUGGUGAGGGUGACGACUCGUCCGCGGGCGGUGAUGACUCCGAGGGCUGCGACUGUGAUGAGUGA